GUGCUACAUUGCACCACUUAAUCUAUCAAUGUCAUGUCAAUCCCGGGUACAUUUAUAUAUUUUGUAAUCCCCACUGUAAGAUUAUUUACCACCCUCUCUACAUUUUCCUCUCCAUCCAUAAUCCACCAUCCACCAUGGCAACAACAGUAACCCACACAAUCGACGAAGCAAAGCUCCACAUAACAUCCGUUUUCCAACACAGCUCAGGCGACCACGCCAUCAUCGACCACAUAGCCGACAGCGACGAAGAAAUCCUCGUCGCGUUAGGAUACAAACAAGAAUUCAAGCGAGAUUUCUCGAUAUGGUCUUCCUUUUCCGUUUCGUUCGCUUGCUUGGGGCUUUUACCUUCGAUUGCUUCGACGCUGGUUUAUAAUCUGGGGUAUAUUGGGUUGAGUGGCUCGGUGUGGGGGUGGUUGGUUGCGGCGCUUUGGAUUCAGUGUGUUGCGUUGGCGAUGGCGGAGCUUUGUAGUAGUAUGCCGACGGCGGGGGGGUUGUAUUAUGCUUCUUCUGUUUUGGCGCCGGAAGGUUGGUGAUGUUUUUUUUCUUGAGUUUGGGAUUGUUUGUGGUUUCUUUGGAUGUCUGAGAUUGAGAACGGGAUAUCAUAUGACUAACUCGUUGAUCAGGCUGGGGACCUUUAUGUUCAUGGGCAAGUCAUUUUCCUAUCUGUACAUGGUAAAAGAGCUAACAACUCUCAAGAUAACAGGAUGGUCCAACUUUCUUGGUCUCUUGACAGGCCCUCCAUCCGUGAACUACACUCUUUCCCUUAUGAUCCUCACAGGAGUACAGAUUUCUGAUCCCACCUACACAAUCCAAAUUUGGCAUGUCUACCUCCUUUUCCUGUCAAUUCUCAUUCUCCAGGGAUGUAUCGCGAUGAGCAACACGAAGUUCCUUGGGAGAAUCAACAUGUUCGGUGCGAUUGUCAAUCUGGUUAUGGUUUUUGUCUUCAUCAUUUGGAUGCCAGUUGGGGCGAUCAAUACACCAAAGACGAACAGUAAUCGCGAGGUAUGGGUAGAUGGGUUUACUAAUGGAACGGAAUGGCCUGAUGGAUUUGCGUUUUUGAUGGGAUUCCUGAGUGUUAUUGUGAGCUUGACUUCCUUUAAAUUGCCAACAAGGGUAACUGCUGAUUAUCGACAGUGGACAAUUGCUGGAUUCGAGUGAGUUUGAUUCGCUAAAUGAAGGGGUAUCACCUAAUUUACAUCAGUGCACCUUUCCAUCUUUCAGAGGAAUGCCCAAAUGCCAAUAUCGCGGGUCCUCGCGCCAUCGUUCUCACGGCGCAAAUGGGUUUGUAUCUCGGUUGGGCGAUAAUUUUGGUGAUUGCAUAUACAGCAAAGGAUAUUGGAGAAAUUGUUGCUGGACAGUAUGGUCAGCCAAUGGUAUGUACCACUCCGCCAAUUGUGUGGACGAGGUUCCGAGCUAAUGUCGAAAAAGGGAAGUCUAUGUCUGCAGGUUCUGGGACCGAAAGCUGGACUUGCUAUGUUCUCGCUUAAUAUGUUUGCCCAAUUCUUUACUGGUCAAGGGUGUGUUACCAUUUCGAUACUUGCAUUAAAAUUUCCAUCAUGUUGAAAUGGAAGAGGAAAGAUUACUGAAAACUCAUGAUCUCUAGUAUACUCGUCAGCGCAUCACGCGUUACAUUUGCAUACUCACGAGACGACGCACUCCCCUUCUCCCGUUGGCUAAAACAAGUAAACAGCCGCACAAAAACACCAGUCAACGCAGUCUGGUUCGUUCUCUUCAUCGGCGCACUCCUCGGCCUCCUGGGCUUCGCAAGCCCAGUCGCAAUCGGAGCAGUUUUCUCCAUAGGCGCCAUCGCCCAAUACAUCGCCUUCAUUUUCCCCAUCGCGCUCAAACUCUUCGUCGUAGGCGAUAGAUUUCGACCUGGUAACCCCCACCCCCUCCCUCACCCAUGAGUUUCGCUAACCCCGUUUCAGGACCUUGGCAUCUCGGUCGCUUCUCGAAACCGGUUGGCGGAAUUGCUUGUGCGUUUGUUGCGCUGAUGAUCCCUAUUCUGUGUUUUCCUUCUGUGAAAGGGGCAGAUCUGGAUCGCUUGAAUAUGAAUUAUGCGUGUUUGAUAUAUGGGGGAUCGAUGUUUUUGGCGAUGGUUUGGUAUGCGGUGGAUGCUAGGACGUGGUUUAAGGGGCCGAGGAUUAAUGUUGAGCAUUUGAUGGAUAAUAGAGUUGUGGAGAAGAGAGAGAAUGGAGGCUUAGAUGGGGAAAGGAAGUCAGAGUGAGUCAUGCGCGGCGCUAUAUAUGGUGUAGACAAGUAUGUUGUCGUUUUGAACGGUAUUUAUAACACCAAUCGAAGUAGAAAUCAUUACAGAGGUAUUUUGGAUAAUUCGAC